AUGAAUACUACUUUUCCACAGAUUCAUGGCAUGGUUCAACUACCACCUAUGGAUGCAAGGAUCACUCCACCUCCAGAGGACUUGAAAAUCGUUUUACCCAAACUGCAAACAAGCCCUGUCUUCCCACCUUCACCCAAAUCCCUUCCGGAUACACUAUACCCAGAUACUCCGUCCAGUACAGGCUCUUCCUCUAGAAAGAGACAGCGCCGACGCUCCUCGAGCUCUCGGUCUCGUCAGUCAAGAUCAAACGCCAAUCAACAGGCCCAUGGCAGUUCUCGCCUUCUCUUCGAACCUCGGGCCUUUGAGGAGCUCUACAUAGAAAGAGCUUACCUUGACCAAAAGCUUCGAGAACAUUCCUGUCGAGCUUCAGAUCUUAUGAGACGUUACUGCGGAGUCGAGCAGCAACUUCAAACUCUCGAUGGCGACCGUGGACGACGCAAACUGCGAAAGCAUUUGAGUUUGCUAAAGUCCAAGAUCAACCAGGCUGCUGAGCAGGAAAGGGCCAUCUUUUCACGUCUUGGCGACCUGUACGUCGAGAUACAGAGUCGCGAGACGUGGGCUCAAGCAUGGAUUGUCGACAGCCCCAGUGUUGCGUCGUCUAUUUGCUUUAGCCCUGCGUCCUCUGGCUUUCCUACUCCCACUGCCCCUUUCGUUGGCUCAUCGAUGGACUUUGCCCCCACAGGCUAUUUCAACAACUUCUACCAAGCUGCUGGACCUUGCUACUCCUAUGCCCCUUCAGAGUCUGCAGUGUACGGCUUGGAGACUGUUGACGAAGCCACUGAGGAUCUUCUGUGCGUUCCUGACUCGGCCUCUGUGAGCGUUGAGUCAGAGACGACACCAACUACACCAGCAACUUCUGUUGCUACAGAUGUUCACCCUUGUGAUGAGAAGAACGACUGUGGCUCGGAGACUGGAGACGCUUUGGACGAUGUCCGCUUUUCGGUGGCUAGGGAGAGGCGAAUGAGUCUUCCUUGCCUCCGUCACACUUGGCCUGAGGCCUAA